AUGGACGGAGGCUGCUCAGGAGGCCUCCGUCCACUCCUGGAGCGGCAGGCUCCUGGGGAAUCUCUGACCUCACGAGGCGCUGUGUCUGCCGCUCCAGUGGGUCCUGGCCACCCGCCAUCUGGCUGCCUCACAGGGAGACUGAACAGGGAAGUGGCUGCCUUGGUUGCAGGCGAGGACCCUGAGGCUGGGGGCCAGGCUCCGCCCCGCGCGGCGGCCGCACUCGGAGGAAUACGGCGCGGUGGGCGGUUCCGCGCUGCGGGCGCUGAGCUGCGGCCGCCGAGCUGCGCCCAGGCCUGCGCCGAGCCCGCGAGCCGCGCGCUGCGUCCCUGUCCCGUGGCCGGUGAGUCAGGUCCGCCCCGCGCGGCCCGCGCCCGCCCCCGCCCCCGCCCCCGCGCGGGCGCCGCGUCCCGGGAGAAGCCACAGGUGGGCGGGGGCCGGGGGCGGGGCCGGCGCUGGCGGCCACCCCCGCGGCUGGUCCUCCCCGGGGACUGGUUUGAGGGGGCGCCCGGGUUUGAGACCCUCCAACGGGGGUGGGUGGGAGAGGGCCUUUGCCUCCUGGGGCUCCGCGCAGCCAGCAGCCCCUCCAUCUGCUUCGGCCCAGGGCUCCGCCCCUGCCCCUGGGAGGGGGAGCACCCCUGUUCUGGGCAGCGCCGACACCCCCGAGCGACGCCCUCCUCCCCGUCUGCCCCUCUGGCCGGUUGGAUCGUGGGGGACCAGCACCGCCCCUGGCCCUGCGUCUCUUCCCAGACCGUGCUGCUCCUCUCCCGGCUGCUGGCUGACUGCCCCCUGAGGAAGAACAACAUGUGGUUUUUGGAACGGCUUCGUGGGUCCGCGGAACACGGUGCCGCCCGGGGAAUUGGGGGCGAGGCGGGGGACAAGGCCUCCAAGGGGCCCCGGUACAGCAACGUGCUGACACCCGACAAGAUCCCUGACUUCUUCAUCCCUCCCAAGCUGCCCUCAGCCCCAGCCGAGGCAGAGGGGCCCGCUGAGCUGGGCCCGUCCACCUCCGAACAGAACCUGGCCACGGCGGCACCGCGCCGCUCACCCCGGAGCCCGCGGCUGCCCGCCAAGCUGGCUGCCGAGAGCAGGAGCCUGCUGAAGGCGGCCACCCGGCACGUCAUCCAGGUAGAGAGUGCUGAGGACUGGCCCGCCGCGGAGGCCACCGGCGCUGACCCCCAGACCCAGGGAGCCAUGUCCCUGCCCUCGGUGCCCCAGGCCCAGACGUCGUACGGCUUCGCCACGCUGGCUGAGAGCCCCCACACCCGGCGCAAGGAGUCCCUCUUCCACAGUGAGCAUGGGGCCCUGGCCCAGGUGGGCUCCCCGGGCCCAGGGCGCUCGCGGGCAGGCACCAGGGCCAAUGGGGGCGAAGGGGGGCCCCGGGAGGCCGCGGGGGCCCUGAUGAGCCCCAGCCGCUACUUCAGUGGUGGGGAGAGCGACACGGGAUCCUCGGCCGAGUCCUCCCCAUUCGGGUCCCCGCUGCUGUCCCGCUCCAUGUCGCUGCUCAAAGGCUUCGCCCAGGAUGGCCAGGCCAAGGUGAGCCAGCUUAAGCACUCCGUGGGCCGCCAUGGCUCCCUGUCAGCUGAUGACAGCACACCCGACACCAGCCCUGGAGUCCGUCGCCGCCUGACCCGCCGGGCUGCCCCCGAACCGGGCCCCGAGUCGGGCCAGGCACCUCGAGGGGAGCACACGGUUCGGAUGGGCCCCAGGGGCAGUGUUCGCCUGCUGGCCGAGUACGAGGCGGCCCAGGCCCGCCUGCGGGUGCGCCUGCUGGCCGCAGAGGGCCUCUACGAGCGCCCCUACGACGGCCGCAGCAUCAACUGCUGCGUGGGCCUGUGCCUGGUGCCAGGCAAGUUGCAGAAGCAGCGCAGCACCGUCAUCAAGAACAGCCGCCACCCUGUCUUCAACGAGGACUUCUUCUUUGAUGGCCUGGGGCCCGCCAGUGUCCGGAAACUGGCCCUCAGGAUCAAGGUGGUCAACAAGGGCAGCAGCCUCAAGCGGGACACGCUGCUCGGGGAGAAGGAGCUGCCCCUCACCUCCCUGCUUCCCUUCCUGUGAGGUGCAGAGGGAGAAGCCCUCUCCUCCGUGUGGGCCUGACCACAGUGCUUCUGGGGGCCAGGGUAGAUAGG